GUGAACCUGUAAGUCCAGUGAGUGAGUGGUUUAAUGGGACUGUGUUCAUGGAACGUCCAUGGCCAGAGGCAGAGAAGUGGCUGCUGGUGGUUGUGUUGGGACUGGAGAUGGUCAUGGGAGUUGUGGGAAACUGUCUUGUUCUGCUGGUCAAGGUCAAGUGCAGGGGUCAGUUCUGCUGUCGUUAUUGGCUUCCUUUCUUCAGCCUCACCAUGUCAGAUUUAGGCUGCUCCCUCCUCAUCAUCUGCGGCUCUCUCUUGGCCAUGCUGACAGGAGGUCAGAGGUCACCAUGGUGUGAGGUCGUCAGCCUGCUCAAGUUUGCCUUCAUCACCUCUUCCAUCGGGAGCAUAGCUAUCCUCUGCGUGCAACAGCUGUUUGGCAUGGCCUCCACAAGAAGUCCUCUCUUUGUUGUCAUGGUAACAGCCUGCUUGGCUUCUUGGGUGACAGGGGUGGUGUUUGGAGUGUCCCCUGUUGUCUACGACUGGAUCAGGUACGACCCUGCAGAGAUGCUGUGUGCUGUCUUUUGGGAGAACAGCUAUUCAGAUAUGUUGGUUUACAUUCUCUGCGCUUUCUCCAUCGGUAUCUUCCUCCCCUUCAUCCUCAUUGUCUUCUGCUCUCUACUGAGUGCCACUGGCUGCUGCUGGAGCUGCAACAGUGAUGAUGAAGCAGAUCUGUCUACAGUCAGUCCUCUGCUGGUUGCCUCCUACAUGCUCUGCUACACCCCCUUUGUUGCGUCUGAGCUGAUCCUGCUGGGUAGGAUGGACCUGUCCCCGGCACCUGAUUGGUUAAGGACACUGUCAUCAGUGAUGUCAUACCUGGACUGUAGUCUGAACCCUCUUAUUUACUGCUCCAAUCAGAACUUCCGGGAGGCGGGCCUAGCCAUGCUAUGGACCAGAAGCAAACAAUUGGCAGAGCCAGUCCUCACUUCUAUCACUAGACAUGACGUGUAAACAUGUGAGGGGUU